CUCUUAUCUCUUGGCUCUGCUACCUUAGACUUGAUUGAAUUAUUAACAUUGAACAUUGGUAAGCAAAAGAAGGAAUGAGUAUGGGGGAAGAAGUGCAGAGGAACAGCUACUUAAGAGGCCUAGGUGGUGGAGACGAUGGCCGAGUUCUGGAAUGGGAGGCCGGUUUGCCCAGCGCAGACGAUCUGACGCCCUUGUCUCAGUCUUUGAUCCCUCCGGAGCUCGCCUCGGCUUUCAGUAUAUCACCCCAGCCCUAUAAAACCAUGGUCGAUGUGAAUCGCGCCUCGCAGAACACGCUAUCGAGCCUCUGCCGCCAGUCGCAGCCUUUUUCCUCCAACCACCUCAAGUCUUUACCUUCCUUCGCCGAGGACCCAAGUCUUGAACCCUUGGUCGUUGACGGUGACGAUUAUGAUCCUGAGAGUACCACCAAGGACGGCUCCGAUGCUCGCAAGAUCAGAAGACUUGACAGCGCUGAAGAGGUAGAUUCGGUUUUGCGAACCGAGAAUUCAAACGAUAAUAAUGAUGAUCACUCUGCUCGAACCUUGAAAAGGCCUCGAUUGAUGUGGACUCCGCAACUUCACAAGCGCUUCGUCGAUGUUGUCGCACAUUUGGGUAUCAAGAACGCCGUCCCCAAGACCAUCAUGCAACUGAUGAACGUGGAGGGUUUAACCAGAGAAAACGUCGCCAGCCAUCUCCAGAAGUAUCGAUUGUACUUGAAGAGGAUGCAAGGCUUGUCCGACGAAGGCCCCUCCUCUUCGGAUCAUCUCUUUGCAUCAACCCCUGUGCCGCAGAGCUUUCACGAAUCCGGUGCCAAUGGCCACAUGCCGCUUCCUAUGCCGUACUUUUUGAUGCCUAUGCCGGUACUUGGUGAUGCCCACGGUCAUGGUCAUAUGGGGAUGCCCGUAGGUAAUCCACCCACCUCUGCUACCUGUCAUGGCUUCGACCCCUAUUCCUAUAACAUGUUUCGGGAGCAGCAGCGAGAUUGGUCGGGUAAUAAGCUCGGCUCGGUUAUGUCUUAUCCUCACGUUAACCCUAACGAUAAAUGAAAUUACUCAAGACUUUCCUUCGCAACAGGGAGGAAGGUAAAGUAACAUACUUGAAAGCUGGAAUGCUGGCUGGCAAGAAUUGCUUUCUGAACUUGGAAGUGCCAAUAAGAAUGACAAGUUUCCUAAAACCAGUUUCGGCUGAUCGGAGAUAUAAUAUGCUUACCUACAUCAAUUAUCAUCUGCUAACAUUAGCACUCUUUGCUCUGGUGAUGGUAGUAUGAAACACCCUGAUACAGAAUUCCACUUCAUGGUAACACUGCUUUUGCUGCCUCCAUCAGCUAUGAACUGCAAAGGUGGGGUUCGCUUCAGACUUAUCUCACAGGAGAAAAUAAGAUAAACUGCAUAAGCUGAACUAAUAAUAUUUGGGAGUAUGUUUCCGCUGAUGUACCAGGAAGGAACCUUGGUCCCUGCAAUCCAGAGUCUGAUAUCUUUGUUCAUCUUUUCGUCUACUUGUGAAGAGAGGGAAGCUUGUUCUAGGGAUUUCAGAUGAAAUGGAACAGAGGUCAGCAUCUUUCAGUCUGUCAUAAUGUUUAUGUAUACUACGAAGAACCUUGAGGGUUUGUUUUCACUAUCUCUUCCCAACCCAGGUCUGGACCAUCCUGCAAGCUUCUGCCAUGACAUUCAGAUCCAUUUGUGUACUCAAUGCUUAUGAACAUUAAUACGGGGGGCCUGAAUUAAUUUUCU